UGAACCCUCGCAGACACACACACACACACACACGCAUACACGCACAGAGACAGAGACACGCACUCUCUCUGUCGGAUCUUUGCCGGGGAACAGAGGCACACCGCCGGAGACGCAAUGCUGGUCAAGCUGGCCGUGGCGCUGCUGGUUUUGUCAGUGCUGAAGCAAGCGGUGGGAUCGGAUAAUAUUGAUUUUCACGAGCUGCCCCCGGAGAAGCCCGCCAGCCAGAAAGGACGCCUCUCCCUGCAGAACACAGCUGAGAUCCAGCACUGCCUGGUGAGCGCUGGGGAUGUUGGCUGCGGCGUGUUCGAGUGCUUCGAGAAUAACUCCUGCGAGAUACGAGGGCUGCAGGAAAUCUGCAUGACGUUUCUGCACAACGCUGGCAAAUUCGACUCUCAGGGAAAAUCCUUCAUCAAGGAUGCUCUAAAGUGCAUGGCCCAUGGUUUACGCCACAAGUUCAGCUGCAUCAGCAGAAAGUGCGUGACCAUUAAGGAGAUGGUGUUCCAGCUCCAGAGAGAGUGCUACAUCAAACACAACCUCUGCUCUGCUGCAAAGGAGAAUGUGGCAGUCAUGGUGGAGAUGAUCCACUUCCAAGAUCUUUUCCCUAAAGGCCCAUACGUGGAGCUGGUGAAUAUUCUCCUGAGCUGUGGCGAGGAAGUCAAGGAGGCACUAACUCGCAGCGUCCGACUACAGUGUGAGCAGAACUGGGGUGCACUGUGCGACAGCCUGAGCCUCUGCUCCUCCCUCGUCCCUUCUCCUGCCAGCGCCGUUGUUGAACACCACCACCACCACCCCUUCACUUCUCCCCAUCUAGAGCCGGAGCACCCGCGCCAGCCACGCCAAGGCGACAAGGAAAGAGCUGGUAAGGCGGCCCUCAACGCUCACCCGCGCAAUCGCAGUCAGGGGUCCCGCCGCCACAGUCCAGAAGUGGCAGCUGUGACUGAGCAGGAAGACCCCAAGGCCGACAUUCGAAGGUGAAACCUCAAGAGAUCUUUGUACCUCUUGCACCAUUUAAAAAGCCACAUUUGCAGACUUAUGCACACAUCCAUGCCAUCACAGGAAGACACACAUGCACACAACAUGCCUCCACACAAGCAGAAACUCCCAGACAGACUGAGCAAAAGGAAAUGAGUCCCAAUCUUUCCUUUUCUCUUCCGCCUCUCCAGUCAUUCCAGCAGUCCCACAUGGUAAACUUGCAGGGUAAUUGUGGUGUAGACUUUAGGCCACAGGUUUUUUUUUUUUUUUUUUUUUUUGUUAAAUGUUUGUCUUUUUCUUUUUUCUUUUUAUGAAUAACAGUUGUUACCAUAACUAUUUCAACUGUUAGCUCUUUUUUGACUCUAAUAUAGCAUUUCUCAAAUCAUUACUGACUGUAAGAUUUGAUUAUAUUUGUAUUAUUUAUUUUAUUCUUUAUGCAAUGUUGAAAUAUCAAAAUGUACAUAGAAAUAAACUUAUCUAUAUUUAUAUGACCAUGUAUAAAUAUAGCUACAAUAUGCAAUACUGAGAUACUAUUGAUGACAAAGUAUACAGUGUGC